CUUUAAGACGCCGAAGCUCUACGCGACCAGCACGCCAAACAUUUCAGCGGCACCCCACCCACGCGAACCAGCUCCUCUAUGGCCUUUGGAUAGCUGCCUCUCUACCAGCGCACUGUAGCGCCAACAUGGCCCCAACCCAAUCGCCCGAGCUUGACCUGUCCAAGUGCUUCCAGGGCGAGCAACAGCUCGUUACCUGGGAUAUCGCAUAUCGUGCCCUCUGCGACCCUGAAACCGCGUCCAGAAGCGAGGCUCUGCGCGCUUUCCUUACAUCGAGAGACAAUGCCGCCAUACUCAGCAGACCGUGGAAGCCGUUCCCAGACCCGUCAACACAGGAGAAGAGCAAGUUUGACUCAAAGACUGCGCCGAUAAGCGUCACGCCGUCGAGCAAUAGUCAAUAUAAUCUAGACGAGAUCAAAGAAGACAGCCUGUGGUUGUCCAAACAGGCGCAAAUAUCAGAAUAUGCAGCCUUGCACCUAGCUGUGCAGGAAUGGCAGAGCAGACCAACCACUCAGCUGCUCAGCGGGCUGACUGAAGAGGAGGCGCUGAGUAUACAGGAAGCUGCUGGCAUUGCAAAUCUCGGCGCAUCCACCUUCGUACCCAAUUCGUCCAUCCUUACCACACCGCUGGCAUCGAGAUCCACGCAGUUCGACACACAAGACCAGCGCAGACUCCGCAUAAUCGACAUCUAUCACUCGACUUGCGCUUCCAUCAUCCGAAUCAGCCAGCUCCUCGUCUCGUGGGGUUCGGCAUCCUAUUUGCGGAGUCAAACAAUCUACGGCAACGAGUACCUCACUAUAGGCGCUGGAUGGAUUGAAGAGCUUGGCCAGACUAUCGCCUCAACGCAGAAUGGAGCGUCCACGACCGGUUCAGGUGCAGGGGCGCUUGAUGAAUGCUUGAAAGCGGUGCAGAAGAGGUGCGAAUGCCUGGAAGGCGGCUACACUUGGACUGUGGCCGAUGCAAUACUGGAAUCUGCGUCCGAGAAAUGGGUGGCUGCUCAGACUACCGAGUUGCUACAUAUCCUGCAUCUGGCCCUUGUACACGCCGACUUGGUUACCAAAGGUUUCAUACCCGCUGCGACCAUUGAAGAUUGGCUCACAACUUUCAUGACUCGCAGCUUCUUCCGCGAAUUUGCAGCCGUUCCGCCUCGCCAGGAGCCACUCAUCCCUGUGAUUCAGCUUCUAACCUCCCUGAUAUCCUUGGCCAUCCUAAAAGUAGACCUCAUCAUCAACGACCUCGAUUCUGGCAACUGUAGGAACUGGGAUCCGUCAUCGUACAUUCUCAAUACCGGCGUCGUGGAGAAUAUCACCACUAUCUUCGGAGAGGCAAAGCUACUGGGUGCAAGCCCUGCUACGCCGCCCACCUUUGCCUGGGCCAUCCUCAUCUGGAAGCUCACAAAUCGAGCGAGCUAUGAAGAGCAAGAGCGCGAACGACUGCUUGAGUCCUCACAUGGCGCGCAGACAUCUUUGCCCGCACCUUCCGCACUCGAGGAAUCCGCGUUAUCCAUUGCGAAGCUCGAAACCCACGAGCUGUUCGACAACAAAAUGCCGUAUGAAGAGUUAGCUAAUGCUAGCUCAGCGGCUGGCGUUCUCGCCAUCAUCAACCAGCUGGUUGAGAUAGGCAUACCCGCGUUCGGCACUCCUAUCGAUCAGAUCUCUCGGGACCGAAUUCGACUCCUAUUCUUACAGCUCAUCCGCGCUGCCCUUGGCAGUGAUGUCGUGGAAUAUAGUCCAGACCUGAUUGUAGCUACAUACACUAUCUUGGCAGGCGACAAGACUUUCCGCAAUUGGGUGGACGCAGACGUCUCUCGUCAUACCGACCCGGUUGUUGCAUUCUUCCUCGAGGACGAGUAUGUUCUGAGGCCACUUCUUUUGAACGAGGCGCGUCUCCGGUACCCUUAUGAGAUGACGCCCUUCCUGAAAUUCUGUAGCGCUUUGACCCGCGGCGACAGAACAGUGCAAAAUGGUAUGCCGGCUUUUAUCGGCAAGCUCACAAAUACGAACCGACUGAUGCAACGCUUGCCAGAGGGCUUUAGAGAGUAUGCAUUAACGCGCGAGGAAGAAAACGCAAACUGGGUCGAGCUGACGGCGGACCUUCCACUUUUUUCAUCUGGGGCGCUACCAGGGUCGCGCAAUCAACGCCGCCUCUUGACGUCAGCCGCUUCGACUUCGACCGAUAUGCUUAUGACUAUUCCAGCCGGCACAGAGGGUAUCAUUGUCGAUGACAGCACGCAACCCUAUGUGGCGGUGUGGCAUCAUCAACACUCUACCUUGACAUAUCUUGCCCAACUGCUUUCUACAUACCCAGUCGGCAGUAGCAAGGUAGAGUGCACUACACAAGAGCCAGCGUCUCGUGAGAACGCACUCGAGAUCAUUGGACUCUUCGCUGACUUGAUACAUUCUUCAUUACAACUGUCUGAAGGAGUCUGUUCGAACGAGCUGCUGGAAGCACUUGGCGUCAGCACUGGUAGUAGUUCAGAUACCGUCAAUAUUGUACUUGCUGUUUUCGAGGAAGAGCUUCUGCGCCUUGGCCAAGAGCCGAACAACGAAGUAGCUUUGGAGCUUUUGGUGAACUGCACCCACUUCCUGGAAGCCCUUGUAGCCGUCGCCCCACAAAGAGUGUGGCCUUGGCUGACUAGGAGUCGGUUGUUAGAGGGCGACGGAAACGGGAGUUUGGCCGCGAUCCUGAUCGGCACGGAAAUGGUACUCGGCAGAUACGACUUCCUCAUCGGAUGCAUACGGCUUUACAAAGGACUGGUCAAAGACGCAGUCGACAGGUCUAUCGCUCGUAAAGCCCCCAGCAAAGCGUUAAGCCGCUUCAAUUCCUCUACCCCAUCUGAAAGUGGUACUUCAGACAAGAUCAUGAGUACAAUCCUCUUCACCUUCGGUCGAACACUAGCAAGCAUCUACGAAAGCUCAUUAGGUUGGAAAUACUCUAACCCAGAGCAUCGUCUAGAGAUUAACAUCGCUAUAUGCACUGUGUUCACGACAAUAUUGAAGCUUGCUUAUGGCGUUGACGAUGCGCUAAAGCUCUCCGCUAAGCUCACCAAGUCUAUCGCACCCAUUGCUGAGUACAUCACCCAGCUGUAUCUCACAAAGUCAGAAAACGAUCUACCAGCAAACCCGAUACUGGCGUCACUGGUCAUUGGAGCUGGCCCCGAAGACACAGCACUCCUCACUAGCUCUGCGGCAUUGUGGAGGCAGCAGACACAAGCAACUCUGACAUUGUCUGACAUUCUAGUUCGCGUCGCCAUACUAAUGAACAAACCCUGGACCCAUCUGGAGCAACAGCUUUUCAAAGCGACACCAUUGUUAGCACGGUUGUACGCUACAAGCGACAAGUGGAAGUCGCAAGUUGUCUUACUGCUAGAGACUCUUGUCCGCGGCGCUGUCCGUAUCAUAGGGCCAGAAGACGCAGAUAUGGGGGAUUCGGACGCGAAGCAACUUGGCCGGAGAAAAAAGGACCAGCAGGAACCACCUUCGCUACUUGGACACCUAGGGCCUCGAACAGCGAAAAACUUCCUGAGUGUGCUGUCUGUAUUAGACGAGCCGUUGCGGAUAGUUGAAAUCCAGACAAAUGUCUGGAAUCUGUUGUCCGCAGUAGUGACCUGCAAACAGCAAUGGUUUUCCUUGUACUUGCUCACCGGCAACACUCCACGCGAGUCACUCCGAAGCAAGGCCGAUACGGCUCCAAAUUCAAGGAAUAAGGCUUUACUCACUCGAGCGCUGGACGCGCUUUCCAGCCUAACCCUACCAGAGAAGGAGACAAACGACAUUCCAUGGCCACUGUACACAGCCAUGCUCGAGUUUGUUUCGUCAGCACAAAACAAUUGGUCGUGGGCGAUGGGUGACCUGCGUCAACGGAAAGACUUGAUCCAGAAACUGCUCGCCUUCCUUAAAUGGAUGGCAAAGCAAUCUAAACAACCAAGACACAACGCUGAAAUUCUGGAGCGCUCCUACCAGAACAGGUUUGCAUCGCUAGCAUGUGAAGUCAUCGCAAUGUAUCUUCACAGCUCACGGCAAGUCGGCGACAUUACUGCACUCAAGGAUGUUGUCCCAAGCCUGGGGUAUUUGGAGGAGGCUGCGUUGGACUUGCCAUCAUACAAUGUGUCACUGCACGGCUACCUGAAGCAAAAUCUCGAGAGACAGUAUCCCGGUGUCUCGCUAGCCAACCUAAAGCGGACAACUCUCUACCCCGAGUCCUUCGGCCGAACGUUCUUCUACGAUACUGAGCUUGCUCAGCAGCUCUUAGGGUUUGACAGCAAAUGGUCUGGACCCAGGGAAGGCACAGGCUUCGCGAAUGAGGUCGAGAAAGCGAACUACAACCUUGGGCUAGUGGAAUCACAAGUUCUACUACUCCAAGGCUGGAAGCUACUAUCAUUGGAGCUAAGCCAUGUUGUCGCUAAGGACGAUCGACUAACGAAAAUCCUCAUCGGCGUCAUCAAGAAGUGUAUGGAGGCUAAUACACAAUCGAACCUACCCGAGGCAUUAUUCGGGCAGCUCAUGAUCGCGCGAGCUGAUCUUGCGUUCGCUCUUCUGAAGAAGCUCGUCGAAGCAAAGGUUCAGACACCGGAGGCACGCCAGCUCCUCACACCCAUUUGGAAUGCUGUUCGAGCCUCCACUCCAAAUUUCGAUGAUGUCUUCUCCACAGAUGCUGUACAUUACCACCGCUCCUUACUGCGUAUAACUUACCUCGCCCUUCACUUCCAUCUGAUUGAAGAUUCUGAUCAAUCAGAGGAUGCUUCAUUCCGCUCCAGCUUCCGCGGCACAAUGCCGACAAGUCACAACUCCUACACAGAGCCCAUCUCAACCCAACUACUCGAAGUCCUCUCCGACGCAGUAGCCAAGGGCUUCCGCAGCCUAGCCACUCAGCUGCACGCCGAACCCUCUUCUGUCUCACCCUCGGAUUUUGCCCUCCUUACCGCUCUCCUCCAGCGCAUCAUCGCUAUCCCGGAAAUGGCCAAGUGGCAAACGCAAGCUGCGCUUCUCUUCGCAAAUAGCAACACUAUCCGCUACGCAACAAGCUUGUUCUCGUGGUCCGAUCGUCUGACACUACCAAAUAACGGUGUCAACGAUCCCAUCUAUGGGGAGCUAAGCUUACUAUUCCUACUCUCUCUGUCGAGUAUCCAGGCACUGGCGGAGACAAUGGCAGUCGAAGGCCUACUUAGCCAAAUCAACACAGCGAACCUGAUGAACUACUACCGUCGUCCCAACGGCAUGGGACCGUUCGACACUCCAGCCCGUCUUUACUCUAUCUGGACAAAGGGCAUACUUCCCUUGUGUCUGAACCUCCUGCUCUCUGUCGGCCCACCCAUCGCCGCGGAAAUCUCGUCCUUCUUAAACCAGUAUCCUGAACAGCUACUCCGUGCGUCGCAUUCGGUUAAUUCGAAUCCCUCGUCUCGCUCAUCAGCAACGAAAAUCACUCUAUCUGUCGCUUCGGAAACACAUUCCCUUGCGCUCAUUUCUACCAUCUUGGAAAACGUGCGUAAACAGGGUCCAAAGCUGGGUAUACAGGCCAACGACGUUGCGCUGUUGGACUGGGAUAAGGAGAAUGUCAAAGAGGAUGUGGAGAGCUGGUUGAGUAGGAAGGGGGCGCUAAGGGAGCGUAUUGUUGCUAUGGAUGAGCGUGAGGUGGAGAUGCUUGGUAGGAAGCGGGGUCAAGGAGAUGAUGCUCUGAAUGAGCUUGAAGAGAAAGUCUUGGCCGAACUGGAGGAUGCGGGUCGAUGUUUGGGGUUGGGCAAUGGUAAUGGCAACGGGAAAGAGAAAUGAGUUGGCAAGGAAGUGUGCUUGCCGUGGUCUAUCACAUUAGAAAAGCGUUGGAGUUAUCUUCUUUCAUAUAUCUUUGUAGAACGACAAUGGUACCUGGUAGCUUGAUUUAGCAAUGUCACGGUUCUCGAGAUCAUUUGAAAAUAC